CAUUGUUGAAAGGUUAACUGUGCGUACUGCGUACUACAGAAUGAAGCACGGCAGCGCCGGUGGAUCCGCAGCUGCAGCACGCUGAAGGGUGUCAUAAGAUCAUUUGAAGGACUCGCUAUGUGGGUUUUUUCACAUUUUAUACCCGUUUAGAGAUUUUGUUCUGGAAUUGAAAGACAACCGGAAGACUCAUCUUUGCCGUUGUCAUCAACCAUUCAUUCGUGUUGCAUGGCGUUACUGAGAAGGCCCAUGUGGAGUUUACCGGUUGGUCCGACCCAAGUGAUGGCCGCGGUGAAAGAUGGACCGUGGAAGAGCCUGAGCUCUGGGAAGAAAGUAGCUUUGGCUGCUGGCCUUUCUGUGGGGGCCACUGUGGGAUACCUUGUUUACCGUCACAUUCGAAGCAGCAGUGUGCAAUGCCAAAGCAAAGAGGAGACCAGAAUAUCCGUUCCUCUUGAUGUGUACCGAUCUAUUGCAAGAUAUCAGAGCACCUUUCUAGACAUAGUGAAUCAGAAGUCUGGUGCCCAGAUAAAUGUGCUGCCGAUCACUGAACAGCAGAGCACGGUGAAUUUUCUGGUCCAGGGCUCACCGGAGCAGAUUCUUAUGGCACAGUGUGCUCUGGAGAAACUGGCCACCGACUGUGAGGUCACCACUGAUGUUAUAGACGUGCCUCAGACGGCAUUUGGACGAAUUAUAGGUCGUGGUGGUGAGACCUUGAAGUUCAUAAACAGAGUCUCGGGGGCCAGAGUGAACUGCUCUAAAGAUCGUGGACACAGCUUAGAUGAGAAGGGCAAGAUCAUGAUUACCGGCACACGCAAGGAAGUUCAAAGUGCAAAGGAGAUGAUCAUGGAGAAGGUCAUAGAGAAUGAAACUGUGCGAAAGCGAAUAAGUCAGGCUUCUGCCCUGCGUCAGAAGAGGAAAUCGCCGGAAACGGAUCAGUUUAACAAGGCUCAAGGACCUGAGAAUGAAUUAUUAAAGCUUAAUGGAAAAGAUUUACCUUCCCCAGUGACUGAGCUUAAACAAGAGGGGCCUGUUACGGUCAGCGGCUUUACAGACAACAGUGAUACAGCUGAAAACUCCCUUAAAUCAGAAGAGGAGGAGGAGCAGAUUCUGUCUCCAGUAUCGCCUUUGGAGAUCUACAAAUUUGAAAUUCCUAGUCCAGACCUGAGCUUCCAGCCCGAUGAGCAUCUGGAGGUGUAUGUGUCUGCCUCUGAGAAUCCUCAACACUUUUGGAUCCAGAUCCUAGGGGUCCGAUCUCUACAGCUGGAUAAACUGACGGCUGAAAUGAGCCGUUUCUACAACAGUGAUACCUCACAAGAGCACAGAGUGGAGACCAUUAUUGUUGGAGACAUAGUGGCUGCUUCAUACAGGGACCAUGGCACGUGGAAUCGUGCUCGAGUGUUGGGAAUUCUGGGCUCUGGCCUGGUGGAUUUGUAUUACGUGGACUUUGGGGACAACGGGGAGCUUCCACGGGAACAUUUACGAAGCAUGAGAAGUGACUUCCUGAGCCUGCCCUUCCAAGCCAUUGAGUGCAGCCUAGCUGGGGUUCGUCCAGCAGGAGAGGUUUGGACUGAGGCAGCCCUGGAUGAUUUUGAACGCAUAAUAUACUGUGCUGAAUGGAAACCUUUACUGGCCAAAUUGUACAGCUAUUCUCAUUCUGAGAUCUCAUCCUGGCCCAGUGUGAAACUCUAUGACAACAGCCAGGGAAAGGCUCUGGAUCUCGGUAAAGAGUUGAUUCGUCUCGGUCAUGCUGUGAGCUGUGAGGAUGAAGGGAUUGGGCUGAGGGGAGACUGGGAUGAGUCCAGAUCACUGCAGAAGAUGCUGGACGACAUGACCGGAGCGACAUCAGAACUCAGUAUGUCCUGUAUCAGUUUGUCAGUUCAGCAGAGUUUAACCAGUCCUCGGGAUGGCGUAUUUGAAGGUACAGAAUAUCCAUGGAUAAGCAAGCAGCUGGAAUGGUUUUCAUCUCUCACAAGCUCUUUGGAGAUGGAGCGAGCAGACGUGGACCAGAGCCUGUGUUUUGGACUCAUGUCUUCCUCUUCCUUAAUUCACUCCACUCCAUCUCAGAACCUGAGUGAUCUGGUCAGCCAAAUACUUGAGUCGUCUUCCUCCAUGCUAGACCCACCAAUCCAAUCAAAUAACUUAACCCCUGCAUCACCAUUACACGUGCCAUCAGUGCAGGAAAUCUCAUCUUCGUCUCCAUCUUGUGUGGAGGCUGUGACAUCAGCGCUGGAUUCCUUCACUCUUAGUGAUGACGUUUUCCUUGGGACGAACUCUUACAGCAGGAAGAAUAAGAUGACAUCUUCUGCAUUAGAAGAGACGGGUUCAUCUUGUACGGUGGACAGUUCCAGUGGAAAUGAAGAGAGCAGCAACAGCAGUGAUGGCAUCAGAGGAGUGUGGUAUUACCUCACUUCCUCUAGGGACUCCUCUGAAGCGUCUCUCAGCACCACCAUGCCUCAGUCGUCCACUACAUCUUAUUUGACAGAAUCUUGUGAUGAAACCGCUGCUUCCUCUGGCUCUGUGAUUGAACGGAGUUCAGAUUCAUCCAGGAGUGCUGAAGAUGCUGAAAUGCCACUCAGACCAGCUAAUCGGGCUCAUCCACACCCGAAUCCAGAGGUCAUCACUCUGAGUGACAGUAGCAGCUGUGGAAGUGACCUAAUUAACACUUCUGAAGAGUGUAAACAUAAGUCCUUUACAGAAGGAAAUUUAGAUAAACCAAACCCACUAAAAAGUGAUGUGAAAUGCCAGAGGUCAAGCUUGUGUGAUGAAAUGCUACAUAAUGAAGCAGGAAGUGCAACUGAAGGAAGAGGACAAGAUUUUCUGGAACUAAAGAACAUGGAUUUCAAAACUGAAACAGUCAACAGUGGUGAAGACAAUUCAAGAGAAGUUGCCUCAAUUUCUGGAAGUGUGGAUGACACUCUUGAUGAGGAAUUCAACUGACAAAAGACCAAAAACAUAUAUGCCUUGAUAUUGAGACCAGUUGUUAUCCUCAUUUAGCAUUCGACACAUGCUUCCUGUCUCUGAAAAAGAGCCUUACUUGAUUACGCCACCUGCUCAGACUGCCUGUAUUUACUGCAUACGUUCUCUCAUUUAAGGAAUGAUAUUCACAGCUUGUAUCUUGUCUGAACUUUUCUGGAGAUCUGGAAGACAUUUGAUGGUUUAUUUUUACUGUUUACUGUUCUCAUUGUGUUCAUCUCAUUUACAUAUAUAACGUUAUGUCAGUCAUUCUUUGCAUUGCGUUGAUCGUCUGAAGAACAGAUGAAAGACGGUUAAAGAGCAGAGCUCAGGGAACUCAUGAUUGAGUUAGUUAGAAACCUCAGUAUUGUUGCAGUGUAGCACCAAAGUUCCUUUUGGGUUGUGUUUAGCAGUGAUAUGAUGGUUCAGUUUGUUGAUGGAUCUUUUUUUUUUUUUUGUACUGUUUGUAUUCUGUUUCUCAUUUUCUUUGUCAAGUUAUUUAUGUUGUGAAUUGAGUUUUAUUACAUUGAAUGCUAUGGUAUAUAUGUGUAUACAAUCAAAUAAAGACUAUUAUUAU